GUCUGCGCAGUGGUGUAUUCGACAGGUGAAAGCCGGCCGUCAUUUAUUGCAAACAGGGACAUAGCUGGGAAAAUGUCGAGCCUUCUGCCGCUGUUGCUGGAGCUGGACGCCCCGCGGCGACCUCACCAACACAUCUCGCUGACGCUCGCCCCUGACGAGUUGUUUGGUGUGCUUAACCAGACCCGGGAAUACUACAGGCCAUGGCAUCAGCUCUCGAAAAUGUUGCUAGACUCUUCUUCUACCAUAAAAGCGGAAAAGAACAAGUUUCAAAUAAAUUUGGACGUGCAACAUUUCGCGCCCGAGGAGAUCACGGUGAAGACGUGCGAUGGGUUCGUGGUGGUGGAAGGCAAACAUGAGGAGAAGCGCGACGAGCACGGCUGGGUGAGCAGACAGUUUCGGCGACGGUACGAGCUGCCAGCGGGCUGCAGUGCUGAAUCGGUGCAGUCACGCCUGUCGUCCGAUGGCGUGCUCACGGUGACGGCGCCGCUGCCGACGCAGGCGCCUGACGAGCGGGUGGUGCCAAUGGUCCACACGGGGCCCGUACGGACCCAGACCCAGCCCGAGUCCGCCUGGGGCCUGCUGGACGACGGCGAGGCACCUGCAGUUCUCAAGACUCCCAUUGAAAACGGCCAGUAAUUGCGAUGCGUUAAUUUGCGCCAACUGCUGUAUUCUUUUGUUCACUUCAAGUUAAAUUUUUAUUCAACGCUUAUUUUUUGGUAUUACGUUUAGCAAUGACUGUUUAAAUAAAUUAUUGUAAGAUAAGUUUUA